AUGUCAAACGCAGCCGACAUUGAUGCUCCAGCGGUUAUCGCCGCAAUUCGUCAUCCACCGGGCCAGUCUCGCAUUGAAACGAGACAAGCGGUGUCCACGGGCCCGAUUGCCCCUCCAGAACCCAUCGAGUACCACAUCGCCGUGAUUUGUGCCUUGGAGGAGGAGGCCGAAGCGGUCAGAGCUGCCUUUGAUCAUCGGUGGGAUCUCCAGGCUGAGGGUGACAACAUUGUAAAACAUCAUGGGGACAAAAAUCAAUACAAUACGGGAGUAAUAGUCAAACACAACGUCGUCCUCGCGACCCCCGAUUGA